UACUAUUCCAUUGCAGUCCUCGGAUUUGAAGAGGGUAUACGUAACUAACUACGCAUCUGAGACCCAGCAAGACAGUCACAACAAUGGAAAUGCAACGUAAACGCACAGAAUCUGACUGCAGCAUGGAUGGUGAUGACAGCUCUUCAAAGGAGCCAGCAGGGUUCGUCACAAGAAUCUUCAAACAACACUUCUUCCCGUAUCUACCAUAUCGUUACACCAAUGAUACAAGCUUGGGUUCUGGACUCGUAGCACUCUCUGCAAACAUCGAGUUUGCCAUACUUCUUGUGAUUGCUACAGACUUUGUGGCCAAACUGUGCGUUAGGGCUUAUGUCGGGACAGGAGAUUGGUACGAGGCUCUACACUUCCCCACAUCCCUACUCCUGGUGAUCCCAAUGCUCGUGACCUUCAUGAUAUCCAACACUAUACUAAGCAUCUAUAAACUGGCCCUUGAGAACAAGACGUUAGAGACAGAACCCACUGGAAGAGGAGUCGACAGUGACGGGAGUGAAGAUAUCGUUGACAAAACAAAACGGCUGUGUGAGAAGAUAACAUCAAUCAAACAAGUCGCGCUGACGUCACAGGUCAUAGUGAUGGCCGUGUCGCUGCGGAUGAAAUGGGACAACAUCUUUGUGGAUGACGAACUAACUGUAGAGCGGGGAUUGUUCAUACUGGGAGUCACUGAUUUCAUUCUAAAGUUUGUCAUGUACUGCAAGUAUUGGGCUGUAUUUGACUUCAAGCGUUUGUGUCGUCGCUUUAAUAUUUGACACUUUAAAAUUAAAAAAAUUAUUUGCAUGAUAAAAAUUAUUUGCAUGAUAAAAUAGCCCAUCAAAGCUAGCCAUAAACAUUUUUACAUCUUAAUGCAAUGCAUAAGACGACUACUUCCAGAAAUCCACCUGAACAGAAAAGCAAGAUAUAGAUGGUCUUUCUAAAAUGAUAUCAAUGAAUUGAUUUGCUUGGUGACUAGUAGCUGACUACUGAAAUUAUCAAAUAGUACAACAGUCAGAGGAUUGAUAUUGUCCUAAGUCAGAUACAUACAGAGUAGCUUUAGUUGUAUAAGCAUAUUAAAGUAUCGAUCAAUUCGACUAUUUUCAUGGUUUUGCCGUAGUGGCUGUACUGGACGUGUUAAUCAUAACCUGCAUACAUUUAUAGCAUAAUGUAAAUCAAAUAACGACAUUUCUUUUGUUUUGUGUAAUGAUGAUUAAGGGCACGGUCACAUAGGUCGUGCGGUCGUCGUGCGAUUUUCAAGCAGGC